AUGUUCGAUCAAAACGGCGAUUCUAUCGCUACGAGCUUGAGAGAUCGGCUGAUAGCUCUUGAUCGAGAGCGACCAUGGUCAGCUGAGGUGUACCAAGGAUUGGGCCAGAUCGUCCAAGAUGUGAUCUUCCUCGUUUCUGUUAUCCGGACGACUUUUCUUGACGAAGCGAUGAUUCACUUGCAGAAAAUUAGUAAGCAAUGCCUUGACAAGAAUUUUGAUCCAGAAAAACAUCUUGAUUAUCUGCGAGACCUCUACGACCUACUUCCGCUGUGGAGCCAAGUACGCAGGCAGCUGGACGGUACCAAAAACUUGGUAGCGCAGUUUGCACGACACGAGAUCUCCAGCUUCAUUUCAGGGGAGCGAGAUGACCGAUAUUUCAUCAAGAGGCUUUCGGUUGUUGAUGACCAGCUUCGCCGCUGCGAUGAUGCAGCUGACAAGACCAAAAACCUCAUCAACCUCAUCAUGAAUAUUGCAUCGUUGCAAGAAUCGAAAGCGGCGGUCCGAGAAAGCCAGUCGGCAAAUGCGUUUGCUGAAAGCAUUCAGCGCAUUACAGUAUUGACAUUUAUCUACCUUCCUCUGACGCUUGCAUCCAGUAUAUUAGGUAUGAAUGUCGCGCAAAUCACCGGCGAAGGAACACACAGCCAGCUCUGGCUUUACUUCGUCAUGGCUGCCGCGCUCAUGGCUGCGACCUUCGGAGGCUGGUACGUGUCCAGCAUCAAGUUCAAGGACGGUAGAGGGCUACGAGAUGUCUUUCGCAAGACGAAGAGAACUGAAAAGCAUGUCGAUCCCGAGGCACACCGCGUUAAAACUUGGUCGUCUCCCCAGUAA